AUGUCUAUCUAUUCAACUCCAUUGAAAAGUGGGAUUGAUUACAGUAACUCUGUAAUUGUUCCAUCUAAUAAUGGAAUUGGAGGUAAUAAACAACUAAAGGCAAUGGGAGGCAACAGUGGUCCAGUGGCCACCGCAGGAUUUAACAUGCUAGCAAGUGAACCAGGCUUGGUGCCCAGCAGUGUCAAUGAACAUUUACGGGUCACAGGGAUGGGUAUCAAACCACCUUUGGAACUGGCCAGUCAAUACAUAGACCACUUGCAACGUCGCGACUCGAGCACACCAGUUUUGGAUGAAAGAUCUUACUACAAUAAUGGUGUAACCUAUAACUUUAGCAAGGAAGUUGGAGGUUUAGGUGCUUUUACACCAUUUGAAAGAGCUCAAGUUAUAAAUAUCCCAGAUGAUAUUCUGCAGGAGGCAUCCGAAACGGAGAUCAAAAGUGAUAUGGGUAUUUUUCCGGAACUAGAUCGCUGUUGGAUGACUGUAGACAAUAAGUUAAUCUUGUGGAACAUUGACAACCCAUCUGAGGUACAAUCGAUAGAUGAUAUCAAGCAUACCAUUUUGUCGGUCGCAUUGGUGAAGCCAAAACAAAAUACCUUUGUCAAAAAAAUUGAUCAUCUGCUGUUGAUAGCAACUCCGUUCGAUAUCUAUAUUCUCGCCAUUUCAUACGAUCGAACUUCUGGUGAACUGAACGUCUUCAAUACAGGGAUGUGUGUGUCUACUCAUGGGCUUGACGUUUUUAGCUUUGUAUCAUACGAAAGAACUGGCCAAAUUUUCUUCGUAGGAAAAUCCAAUGGCACCAAUAUUUGGGAAUUACAAUAUUCAAGCUCAGAAGACUGGUUUAAUAGCAAGUGCAACAAAGUUUGCCUCACGCAAUCUGCAUUGAGCAGCUUGCUUCCCACCAAUCUGAUAUCGAAAAUUCCUGGUAGUAACCUUAUUCAGUCAUUUUUCGAAGAGGACUCUAAAUAUGCACAGGAAACAAUUACACAGAUCACAGUUGAUCAAUCCAGAGGUGUACUAUAUUCUUUGUCCAAUAAAUCGAUUAUUAGGGCGUAUAAAAUCAACAGCAAAAGUUUGGAUGGUCCUUUAACUAUCGAAACUUCAUACAUAAGGAGAAUAAUGGGGACAACAACGGCUAGGGGUGCUGCCAUUUUGGGCAAUAAGUACUUGAAAAUUUCUAAAUUAGUGGCGGUUUCACAGCAGGAAAAUAACAACCUAUUUCUUGUUGCUAUCACCAUUGGUGGUGUCAGAUUAUAUUUCAAUGGUUCUCUCAGCAGAAGUAAUAUUGAAGCUUUGAGGCUUGAAUCAAUCAAGUUUCCUCCUAGCUCGGUCACACCUGAGGCAAUUGAGCAAGAGUUACAGCAGCAAAAGCAGAAGAAAUUGAUGCCUUUUUACUCCUCGUUAAAUACUUCUGAGUCCAUAUUAUUGAAGCUUCAAAAAAAAUCAUCUGUACUUCUAGAAAGUACGCAGGCAAGCUCCAUCAUUUCUCCAGGUAUUUUCUUUUCUGCUGUUCGUAAGAUUCCACAACCUGAACCUUCACAGACGGCGAAUUCUAAGCCAAAUGGUGUAUCACAGCUCCAACAGCAGCAGCAGGAACAGCAACUACAAACACAAAACGUACAGAAGGACCAACCACAACAUCAGCAAGCUCAUGCUGUUCAGCAUAAAUUAUUUGUCUCCGUUCCAGACUAUGGUAUUCUGAAAAAUCAUGGUAAAUAUGUUGAAAACGUUACUUUACUAGAUACCAAUGGUCCAGUGAGACAUAUUGUGCCAAUCGGGCCUUUGUUCAACGCGACAAAUAAACCAGAAGGAUACGCUAAUGAGUUUGCUACUCAAUAUAGCAUAUCAACUCUUCGCAUUGCCGUUUUGACUAAUACCUCAGUAGAAAUUUACCGGUACCGUACUCCUGACGUUGUAUUUGAAUCUUUAAUUUCCAACCCUCUUCCAUUUGUACUAAACUACGGUUUGGCAGAGGCUUGUUCAAGCGCAUUGUUUGUUACUUGCAAGUUCAACAAAUCAGAAACUCUCAGAUCUAAUGCAUUGACUUUUUUCACCGUCGGAUUGCCAGGUGUUGUUGAAAUUAAGCCUAAGUACAACACAUACAGCGCUUCAACGAUGUCGUCUCUUCUUUCAAAACCUGCAAUGGCUACUCCACAAAAAUCAAUGCUCGAUGUGCUUGAUAACUCAACUACUCGCACUAAUCAACCUAAUGAUAACUAUAGUUUGGAUAAUGUCAUUCUGUCCCCUAGAUUUUACGGAGCAGCCCUCUUGAUCGCGAGACUUUUUAGGGAAAUUUGGAAUAUUCCGGUAUUUUCAACCAAUUUUAACACUGAGUUUAAAAGUGAAGUGAAAACUCUGAAUGAACAUGCGAACGAUGGCAACAUCGUGCAUGCCGUCUCUAUUUCGAAAUCUGAUGUUGAAUAUUAUUUGUCUUCUGUCAUGAUUAUUAAUGAGUUUUUCAACACAUAUGGUAACUCAAUUUCUAGCAUUGCAGCUCCUUCGUUCCAGUCAGGCAAGACUGUUGAUCGAUCUGAAGAUGUUGCCAAUCAAGCGGAAAACAUUGCCAUCAAUUCCCUUAUCAAGCUAGUGCAAUCGAUGAAAGAAGCUCUAUCAUUUUUAAAUGUUCUUUUUGAGGAGAGUGACUUGGAAGGGUACGAAGGGCAGUAUUUGGCAUUUAAAGACAUUAUGAAAUUCUUGAAUAAAGAAGUACAAACAGAUUUGACGAAGAUUUAUUUCAAGGAUAUCUUUGCACCUACCGAUAAAACCAAAAAUUUAAUCCGGGAAAUACUCUCCUCUAUUAUUAACAGAAAUAUUUCAAGAGGCGGUUCAAUUGAAUACAUUGCAACUGCACUUCAGGAACGUUGCGGUUCUUUUUGUUCCAGUGGAGACGUUUUGGGCUUCAGAGCGGUGGAACAUCUUAGAAAAGCAAAAGAAAUUGGGUUGCGCGACUACGAAACAUUGAAUUACCACUUGACAAAUGCCAUUAAGCUGUUUGAGAAGAUAGUUGACAGCUUGUCCAUGGAGAAGCUUAAAGAGGCCACUUCUAUCAUGCUUGAGUUGAAUUAUUACCCCGGUACGAUAGAAUUUUUGCUUAACAUUGCAAACUCGGUUGAUAAGGGUAAGCUGGCAUAUCAAUACGUUGCAGAUGGUUACUUAGAGCAAGAUGAGAGGAAAAAGUAUUAUGAUAAGCGUGUGUUGAUAUAUGAUUUGGUAUUCGAAACCCUGGUCAAAAUCGAUGAUCUAGUGGCAGCCGCGAACUCAACAGCUGUGUCAAGUCUUAACAAUCUGAACGAGCUUUCGAAGCUACGGGAAGAAAGCUACUCCACUGCUCUAAAAUACAAUGAUAAGUUAUUCCACUACCAAUUGUACGAUUGGUUAGUGUCUCAGAAAUGCCAAGAAAAACUUCUGCAGCUUGACACUGAUUUUAUUUUACCAUACUUGCAAGAAAAAUCAAAAAAUUCAUUGGAUAUUUCGAAUUUGCUUUGGGUCUAUUUGUCCAAAAGAUCGAAGUUCUUUGCAGCUGCUGAAAUUCUCUAUUCGCUUGCCAUUUCUGAUUUCCAAAUAAGUCUGAGCCAAAGGAUUGAGUAUCUCUCCAGAGCUAAUGGAUUUUGUAAUGGUGUCUGUCCUAUCAGUCAAAGGCAACAGAUGAUCCAGCUAGCUGCGAUGAUACAGGAGAUUUUCGAUGUAGCAGCUAUCCAAGAUGACAUCUUGUCUUUGGUGAAAAAUGACACCAGGAUAACUGCCGAAGCCAAGCCAGAACUCAUCAAGCAGCUUGAUGACAAGAUAUUACCUGUUAGCGAUCUUUUUAAUGACUUUGCGGAUCCAUUGAGCUACUAUGAAAUCUGUUUGACUAUCUUCAAGAUCUCAGAUUUCAGGAAUAAUGAAGAAAUAAUGUCCAAGUGGUCGGAGUUAUUCGAAUCUUUGAAAGAAGAAAUUGUUACUGAUAGUAGUAUUGAAGAAUCAACUAGUUUCAUUAAUUUAUUGUCCAGCGUCGUGAUAAAAGUUGGCAGAAAUGUGCGUACAUCUGAAUUUGUCUUCCCCAUCGGAGAAUUGUUCCCUAUAAUAUGUCACUUGUUUUACGACAACUUACCAAAUGAUCACAUCAAGGAAGGAUCAAUUGCAUCUAUCUUCAUUUCCGCGGGUGUUUCAUAUGAUAAAUUGUAUUACAUGCUGAAGGAUUUAAUCGAAACCGCUGAUUCGGUGUAUGAUGUGUACAAGAGAGAAAUGAUCUGGUUGAUCAAACAGUGGUAUGAAUCGGACAGACAAUUGAGGGACAUUAUAACAUUCGAUGAGGUCAGGAACUUAAGAACGUAUAGUAUUGAUACCGAUCCGAUUGCUGACUACAUCAAGAGAACCGGUAACAGCAUAUAG